AUGGAGACCAAGCGCGACGCGAAUCCACUCUCUUGCACGCUGCAUCGGAAACGACGCAAACAAGUCAAGACUCAAGCCAAGGACGGCGGCCAAUGGGACCGCUGCAUGUUCAAAGUCGUGCGGAAGAACCGCUACUGCAACAUUUCCCGCGUGCCAGACUCGCUGUUCUGCGGGCACCACGUCCCGGAUACCGAAACAGCUGUGAACAAGAAGUCGAGCAAGUUCAAGGCUGCGGCCCGGCGCCGUGUGGUGUGUCCAGUGGAUGCGUCACAUACAGUCUACGAGUACGAUCUGGCCAAGCACGUGUUAAUCUGCAAUAAAGUCAAAGAUGCAGAGGCGAUGAAACAGCUGCCGUACUACAGCCACAACAUCAACUCGGGUACCCAUUGCACGAGCGAGUUAAAGGACGGUCAAAUGUUGUCAGGUACUGCUCAGAAGCAGGGGACGGUGGGCAAGGAGGAGCGUGAAAAUGACCACUUGGCAUUAUCAGCACAAACGCGGAAGAACAUCAUUGACAAGUUGGUUGCUAUUGACUUUGCAGACUUGCGAAAGCGCAUUGAAGCAGCAUACGAAGUUUGUGUUGGUGAACUUGCGCUGGAGAAGCUUCAUCAUGUGUGCUGUGACCAACUGUUUCAAGAGAAGAAGAAGCCAGGGGCAUCGAGGAGCGUGUUGCGGCACAUUGAGCAGCAAGCAUCAAUUAUUGGUCACAUGGAUCAGGCGAAGUUGCUGGAAGACCCGGACGCAGCGUUCGUCGAGCUCGGGGCUGGACGAGGAAUGCUGUCUUUGGCACUUGCUCAGAUGUUUCCGGAAAGUCUGUACGUGUUAAUUGAUCGUGCUCAUACGCGAGGCAAGGCCGAUCACUUGAUCGGUGGUGGCGACGACAAGCGCGAGGAAGCGGUGAAAGAACGAUCGACUACGUUGCGUGCGAAGAUUGAUAUUCGCCAUUUGAACUUUGCCGGUAUGCCGGAAAUUCUGGACAAACCCAUCGUGUGCAUGUCCAAGCACUUGUGCGGCGUAGCUACCGACUUAUCGCUACGGGCUAUCGCACAAACAAUUCCAAUACCUGGUAGCGACAAAGCGCUUGCAAGUGAAAGCACACUCACUUCAGUCAGCUCUAGCUUCAAGGGGUUGGCAAUCGCACUGUGCUGUCAUCACGUGUGCGCGUGGCGGGACUACGUGAAUCCAUCGUUCUUUCAAGCCCACGGAUUUCAGGCCGAGGAGUUUGAAUUGCUCGCGUGCAUGACGUCCUGGACGACAUGUGGCAUGGGGCUUGAAGGCGACGCAGUACAGCACGUCCUUGGCAUCAGCAAAGACGAUCGCGCAGUCUUGGGACGAAAGUGCAAGCGGAUAAUUGAUGCCGGCCGUGCGGCAUAUGUCGAGCAGCUCCACAUGAAGACCCGUCUCGUUCACUAUUGUGACACUAACGACAGCCUCGAAAACUGUUUGCUGCUUGCUUGGCGAUGA